AUGUCGCUCAUACCAGUUAUCCUUGUGACCUUCUUCCUGGUCUUUUGCUGCGCGGCUGGUCCGAUUGCUCCUUUUGCUUCCAAAAGAGACUUGGAGUCGCUCUCCCCAUCUCCUUCGCUUACUACACCUUAUGUGCACGUUGCCAGUACUUCGGUCGACGACGAUGACGACGAUGAGAUCAACGCUUUGACUGUAGUCCCGGUCACACCCUCUAGUCUGCCUCAGACUGCAUCCAGCUCUAGCACCACCGUUGAGCCGGUGCCAUCCAGCUCAGCUGCGUUCGUUCAAGUAUCUCCGACUACUUCUACUCAUGUCGACUCAACUACCUCUCUACUCGAGUCUUCCUCUGCAGCUACGCACUCUUUAUCUACAAGUGUCUCGUCAGACAGCACCGUGACUACCUUGUCGCUGACUUCAACGACUACAACUACAACUACUACCACAACGACACCUUCAUCUUCAGCACCUUACUCGCCUCCCUCGAGUGCAGUUUCAAGCUCUCAUACGACAAGUUCUUCGUCGCAGGUGGUGCAUACCACAACACCAUCUAGCACGCUUUCUCAGAGCUCCCAUGUUGUAACUCCCUCGAUUGUCAUGCCGGGAGGUCCAAUGGAAGCCUCGUCAUCUCACGACGCACCUGUGCCAGCAACCUCUUCUCACAUCACGCACGAGACGUCAUCCUCUGCUGUCAGAGUAUCACACUCAUCCAGCCCAGCAGCUCAAGCAUCUCCGUCACACCAGGGGACGAUCACAUCAUCUAGUAAACUACUACAUUCCUCCACUAUUGCACCCGCAUCAUCAUCCCACACCUCCGAGACAUCAACGUCCACCAGCUUCACAAUUGGAGUCAUCACACCUCUCCCAGAAGCCAGUACUAGCUCUUCCACAAUACCUGAAAUGUCCCCCUCCACCACACCCUCCAGCGAGAGCACAACAACUACAGCCGAGGACACCUCACCCACACCCACUGAAAGCCAGACAACAACCACCACACCAACCCCCCGCACAGCCAAACCCUUCAUCGGGGUGACCAUACCCACGACAAGCACAACCACAACCAAGACCACCCAGCCAGCAGACCCAACAACAACCACCCCCACACCAGAAACAGAAGACGCCACCACAACAACCACAACCACAACCUCAGCCCCAACCCCAGUCGUCGUGCUAGUCACACCCGAAGGAUCAACGACUGUCAUCGGAACCUCCUCCUUCAUACCCUCUAACCCAGAUACCACAUCCACAUCAUCCCUCACAACAACCGCCCUCCACUCCACCUCAACAACCAUGCAAACCAUCUACGUAGUAAUCACAGAUACACCCACCCCGGAACCACAAACCUAUGAUUCCACCACCAUUGCGACUGCCAUCGUUACUGUCGUUGAUAAACCAACCCAAACCUCGGAAACUGUCCCUACCACAACCACAACCACAACAACAUCUGAAGAAGAGAAAGUGUCGACGACGACGACGACGACGACUUCGUUAGACGCAGAACAAACGCCAACGAAAUCUAGCGAAGAAGAUGUGUCCACGUCCACGGCUACGGUAACUUCGUCCCUGUCUAGUGAGUCAGGUGAUGUUCUUAGGAUUGUGCCUGUGACGCCUACGGGUCCUGUUACGGUGACUGUUACGGUGACGGAGAGGGAGAGGGAGACUGUGACUGUGACAGAGAAGGAGAAGGAGAUGGUGACGAAGACGGAGAAUGUUACGGAGAGGGUUACGGAGACGGAGAGUGUGAGUACUUGA